ACUGAGGAUCAAUUUGUAAAUAACCUUAACUGUAACAUCGACAUUGACACUGUCACUUGCUAUGAAAUUCGUACUUGAGAACACAGCUAAAGGAAGAGGAGAUGAAACCGUCGCAUCAGCUAUGCAGCCGAAUCAUCGAUCAGAUCCUCACCGCCAUGAUCCAGAACCGUCCCUUCGACGCCGUUCUCGCUUCAUCGACGGUCACGAAUCCGUGGACCCAUGGUCUCGUCUCCGACGUUCUCCGAUCCAUCCCCAGAUUCUUCUUCCUCUCACCGAGAUCCAUCGGCCGGCAAAAGGGUUUUCGCCGGCGGUCUCCGUUGAAGCAGAGGAACCUCCGGGACGAAUCCGAACGUCGCCGUUCCAAUGCUCUCGUCCUGGGUCCCGGUGCUUAUAGAGAUCCGGCGAGAGUCUCUCUCGGGUUGCAGAAAGCAAUGGAGUUCUUCCUCUGGGUCGAGAACCAUUUCGGGUUCGAUCACAACGAGAUCACUUGCAGAGAGAUGGGUUGCGUACUGAUCAGAGGGAACGAUUUGAAGGGUCUAUGGGAGUUUCUCGGGCGAAUCUCCGGCAGAGAGAAGGCAGAAAGAGGCGAAAUCACUACAGCGUGUGUAACGUGUUUGAUGAAAUGUCUGGGAGAAGAAGGUUUCGUCAAAGAGGCAUUGGCUUUGUUCUACAGGAUGAAGCAAUACCAUUGCAAACCAGACGUUUAUGCUUACAACACAAUGAUCCACGCUCUUUGUAGAAUCGGGAAUUUCAAAAAGGCGAGGUUUUUGCUCGAGCAGAUGGAGUUACCGGGAUUUCGAUGCCCACCAGACACCUACACCUACACGAUCCUGAUAAGCUCCUACUGUAAGUUCAGUAUGCAAACAGGUUGCAGAAAGGCGAUAAGGAGAAGAAUGUGGGAGGCAAAUCGCAUGUUUCGGGAGAUGCUGUUCAAGGGUUUUGUCCCGGACAUUGUAACUUACAACUGCCUGAUCGAUGGCUGUUGCAAAACGAACAGAACCGGUCGGGCUAUGGAGUUGUUUGAAGAUAUGAAGAAGAGGGGGUGUGUACCCAACCGGGUAACGUAUACUUCCUUCGUAAGGUAUUACAGUGUUACCGGUGAGAUCGACCGAGCGAUUGAGAUGAUGAAGACAAUGAAGGAGAUGGGCCAUGGUGUUCCGGGCACGAGCACAUAUACACCACUCAUACAUGCUCUGAUCGAAGCGAACAGGGCAUCCGAGGCUCGGGAUUUACUGGUGGAGAUGGUGGAAGAUGGAUUGAUUCCGAGAGAGUAUACGUAUAAUCUUGUAUUGGAUGCUCUCAGCCCGGAAGAAAUGGUGGAUUCGCUUGAUGGCAGGCUGCAUAAACGAAUAAGGGAAGGGAUAGAACAGAGAUGUAGGGGAGUGAUGAAGAUCAAACCCAUCAUGGCUCAGAAGCAAUUGGUGUAAGAUUUGAUCUUUUGAAUGCUAAGUGA